GCUGUUUGCGCCUCCUUGCUGUCACGCAAUGAAGCCAUUGUAGAUCUUUGCAGGUAACUUUCGGUACUGCUGUGCCACCGAGCAAGACCACGAAGGUUCUCAGAUCAUAUCUUCUAGCUUCCUGGUCUUUUGUGUUCCCACGAACUUUUGAUUUUACUGCAAUUGCCCAGUGACAAUUUCGUUUUUCGUUUCGCUAUCAUGAGCGCCCAACCAAUGUCAGAGAAGGUGUCCGUCAAGGGAGAAACUCCGCGGAAGGAUAACGAAAAUGCUACGUUAGAACAACAAGCGACAGAAGACGAUGGAUAUCCUCCCAAGGACGGCGGCCGAGGAGCCUGGAUGUUCUUGUUCGGCGCAGCCAUCGUCGAGGUUGCCGCAUGGGCGUUUCCGUACACCUAUGGUGUUUUCCGAGCCUACCUUUUCACCCAUCCUCCUUUCGAAGGGCAGGAUGUCAUCUCAACGGUUGGUGUACUUGCAAAUGGAAUGCUCCAACUUGCUCUCCCACCCGUAAUGUACUAUCUCAACAACUUCCCGACACAGCGAAAGAAUGUCAUGUGGAUCGGCAACAUCAUCUGCUGCAUUGCACCGCUCUCUGGUGGCUUUACGACCAAUGCUGGAGCAUUAAUCGGCACUCUCGGUGUUCUCUACGGUAUCGGUGCAGGACUCUUGUUUGCGCCUUCGAUUCAUCUCCUGAACGAUUGGUUUGACCAGAGGCGAAGUCUUGCAUAUGGUGUCAUCUGCGGUGCUGGCGCUCUAGCUGGGGCUGUCAUGCCGCCCAUCUUUGCUGUAUGUCUUGAUAACUUCGGUUAUAGGACCACUUUGAUCGGUUGGGGACUUUGUUCGCUGGUCAUGACCACGAUCGGGCUUCUGUGCAUGCACCCUCGAGUCCCGCCGACCAAGGCUCCCAAGCCAUCUAGGAAGGAUUUUGAUUUCUUGAGGAAGCCGUUCUUCUUGAUCAUGCUUCUAGCCACGAUCCUGCAAGCUUUCGCCCACUACAUGCCCAGCAUUUACCUGCCCUCAUUCGGCCAGGAUUACGGUCUGACAGCAGCUCAAGGAAGUCUGCUCUCGACGAUGUUAAACUUGGCUCAGGCGAUUGGUCAGCCUCUCCAGGGUCAGCUUGCUGAUAUGCGGAAAUCUUUCUAUACGCCAAUGUUGGUAUCGACCCUAGGUGCAGUGGCCACUGUCUUGUGCAUCUGGGGCUUCGCCAAGAGCCUCUGGUCGCUCGUUCUCUUCUCCCUGGCGUUUGGCCUCACGGCCGGGGGUAUGGCCGUGUUGAGACCUCGGAUAUCGUCUGCUACCGUUGGAGAUGAGAAGAAUAAUGAACAGUCGAUGCUCAUCUUCUCUAUCUUAACAGCCCUAAGAGGAGCCAGUAUCCUUGGAUCAGGGUUCAUUAGUACGUCGCUAGUCCACAAUGAAUACCCUGUGACCAAUUCCUGGGGAGGUGGUCGUCGAUACCAGGAUCUGUUGAUUUUCACGGCGGUCCUCAUGUUUGUGGCCAGUUUCGGAGCCGGGAGCAAGUUUAUCAGCCCGCACACAAAGAUUGGAAAGAAGGCGACAUGAUAAGGCGGUUC